AUGGAGGAGGAAUGCCGAAAUGCCACACAGAAAUUAAAGGAGGAGAUUAUGACGUUUGAGGUUGAGCAGGCAGGAAAUGCUGCAAAUGAAGCUGGUCGAUGGCAGAACAAUGAUUCCAGCAAAGUGAAAAAAUCACUAGCAAAACUUUUGGGGCAAGUUAAAAAACAUCAGACCCAGGUAAUGCAACAACUCCUGCUGAUUGUAUCGAUCUUCAGAUGUCUUGGUAUGUUUCUGCACCCGAAAUUGAGCUAGAUGCUGAUCUGUUGCAAUGUUGGAGUAUGCACACUGCUGCAUAUCCAUCGUUGGCUAAACUUGCAUCCAAAUGCUUGUGUAUUUGCAGUACAAGAUCUGCUUCUGAACGACUGUCAAGUGUCGCUGGUAACAUUGUAACAGCCAAGCAGUUGCUAAACCUGUGA